AUGGUUAUAAAAGAGGAGUUGAGGCGACGUCGCUUUUGGCGUUCAGUGCUGGCAGAGGUUCUUGGAACAUUUAUUUUGGUGGCCAUAAUACUGGGGGGUUCUUGCCUGGGCAUUGGAACAUCUCAGGCAACAUCACUAACCCCAGCAAUGGCAGCUGGGCUAGCUGUUGUCAGUCUGGUGCAAUGUUUCGGAGAGAUAAGUGGCGCUCAGUUGAAUCCAGCCAUCACAACUGCUUUGGUGUGUGCCCGAAAGUUGGACCUGCUCCAUGGAGUUGCCUUUACAGUAGCUCAGUGUCUUGGUGCUACAUGUGCCUCUGCAAUGUUCUACCUGUCUGUGCCAACAUCCGUGAGUAAUCAACUGGUGACCAGAGUCAAUAGUGAAGGAAAUGCGGGUCAAGCUCUUGCAAUGGAAAUUUUUGCUACUUUUCAAAUGGCUUUCACCAUCUUUGCAGCAGAUGAUAACAGACGCAGAGAUAUUUCAGAGCCAAAGAGUCUUGCUAUUGGUUUUUCUGUUACUGCAGGUGCAUUAGCAGCGGUGGGUCUGAAACUUGAAACUGCACCAUCAACUGCUGCAUAG